AUGUUGAGGUUCCUACCAUCGGUCUUGCAGAGAGUCCAUCUAGGCUACUCUUGGUGUGAUAUUUCAUUUAAAUGCGCUUCAAUAUUGGAGACGCGAGGCGCAUUGCUAUCAACCUCCAUUACCACCCUCGUACCAUCGAGGUGUCCAUUGGUCCGCCCGCACUUUAGUGUCAUUCCCGUGAGGUUUAGUACUAUUUUCACUUCCUUACCGGCUGACGUUAUUUGGGAGGGCGUAACGGGCCCAAAGGGUAGCACAAAAAAACGCGCACGUGGCAAACGUCGUGUAACUAGACCCAAAAUUGAUCUUAAUCGUGGUCAACGUCUUGGGGGGAACCGUGAAGGAUACCUAUGGCCGGGACUAAACGCUCCACUGUACCGUCAAUCUACAUUGCAAAAAGUUCAGAAGGGUGAUGUGAAUAAGGAUUAUCUGAAUAAGUUGGAGGAAUUGAGAAAUAAGUCGGCUGUGAAGAAGAAAAGAGUGAAGCUGCCCCCGCUUCUUCGCGGCUGGACUGGUGCAAGCAUGGGUGGUCAAUCCUUAGGGCCUUUGGACUCCGGUUCUCCCGGCUUUGACACUCGCGUACUUGAGCUUAAAGCUGUUUCGACGAUGACUGCUACUGUUGGUCGCUAUCGGCGAUUUUCUGCACUAGUUGUCGCUGGGAAUGAACGAGGUAUCUGCGGCGUUGGAAAGGCU